CCGGGGCGGCUCGGGCGAGUUGACGGAUUCCACCCUGCACGGCCACGUCCUGCCCCUCGUGGAGGUGACCCAGCAGUUUCCGGGUGCAGGCUGGGUGUCGGGCUCGUGCGUCAUCUCGGGUUCCCAGGCCACUUGGGCCCGGUCGGCGGUACUCCUGACUCAGAGGUGGAGGCCGAGGCGCGGGAAGGGCCCCCGACCGCCAUGUCCAGGUAAAGCAGAGGGGCUCAGUGCUGAACAUGCUAAGGAGGCUGGACAGGAUCAGGUUCAGAGGCCACAAGAGAGACGACUUCCUCGACCUAGCGGAGUCUCCAAAUGCCUCGGACACCGAAUGCGGGGACGAAAUACCCCUGAAGAUACCUCGGACCUCGCCCCGGGACAGCGAGGAGCUGAGGGACCCUGCUGGUCCAGGCACCCUCGUCAUGGCCGCAGGAGUCCAGGACUUUAACAGGACAGAGUUUGAUCGGUUGAAUGAGAUCAAAGGCCACCUGGAAAUCGCUUUACUGGAAAAGCACUUCUUACAGGAGGAGCUCCGGAAGCUGCGAGAAGAAACCAACGCCGAGAUGCUGCGGCAGGAGCUGGACCGGGAGCGGCAGCGGCGGAUGGAGCUGGAGCAGAAGGUCCAGGAGGUGCUGAAGGCCAGAACCGAGGAGCCACCGGCGCAGCCUCCAAGAGGGCAGGCCCAGGUCAAUAACGGAGCAGACCGAUGGAGCCAGGGGCUGUGCCCCCGUGUCCAGAAGUGGUUCUACGAGAAAUUCGGGGAGUACGUGGAAGACUUCCGGUUUCAGCCCGAGGAGAGCACGGUGGAGACAGAGGAGCCCCUGAGCGCCCGGAGGUUGACCGAGAACAUGAGGAGACUCAAGCGCGGCGCCAAGCCCGUCACCAGCUUUGUGAAGAACCUCUCUGCCUUAUCCGACUGGUACUCCGUCUACACGUCCGCCAUCGCCUUCACCGUGUACAUGAACGCCGUGUGGCACGGCUGGGCCGUCCCCAUGUUCCUGUUCCUGGCCAUCCUGAGGCUAUCCCUCAAUUACCUCAUAGCCAGGGGCUGGAGGAUACAGUGGAGCAUCGUGCCCGAGGUGUCUGAAGUGGUGGAGCCUCCGAAGGAAGACCUGACCGUGUCUGAGAAGUUCCAGCUCGUGCUGGACGUCGCCCAGAAAGCCCAGAACCUCUUUGGGAAGAUGGCUGACAUCCUGGAGAAGAUCAAGAACCUGUUCACGUGGGUCCAGCCUGAGGUCACGCGGAAGCUGUACAUCGCGCUGUGGGCCGCCUUCCUGGCCUCCUGCUUCUUCCCCUACCGCCUGGUGGGGCUGGCCGUGGGCCUCUACGCCGGAAUCAAGUUCUUCCUCAUCGACUUCAUCUUCAAACGCUGCCCGCGGCUGCGAGCCAAGUAUGACACCCCCUACAUCAUCUGGAAGAGCCUCCCCACGGACCCCCAGCUCAAGGAGCGCUCCAGCGCCCCCGCCUCGCGCAGGCUGUCGGGACACGACAAGCUGCAGACGGCGGCCUCGCGGAGCUACGUGUCCAGCGCGCCCGCCGGCCUGAGCAAGGACGAGGACGCCGGCCGCGUCCAUGGCGCCAAGAAGGGCAAUUUCCACGAAAUCUUUAACCUGACAGAAAACGAGCGUCCGCUGGCAGUGUGUGAGAACGGCUGGCGCUGCUGCCUGAUAAACAGAGACCGGAAGAUGCCGACCGAUUACAUCCGGAACGGGGUUCUGUACGUGACGGAGAACUACCUGUGCUUCGAGAGCUCCAAGUCCGGCUCCUCCAAGCGGAACAAGGUCAUCAGGCUGCUGGACAUCACCGACAUCCAGAAGUACAAGGUCCUCUCGGUCCUCCCGGGGUCCGGCAUGGGGAUCGCCGUGUCCACACCAUCUACCCAGAAACCACUGGUGUUCGGCGCCAUGGUGCACAGAGACGAGGCCUUCGAGACCAUCUUCAGCCAGUACCUGAAGAUCACGGCGGCCGCGGCGGCCGGCAGCGACAGCUAGUGUUGACCCGCCGGCUCGUCGCU